ACCCAAUAUGUGCAAAAAAAAAUCGACUUAAACAAACAGGGAGAAUCUGAGUGCUGUUGAAGUGGUGGUUAGCGUGUUGGUGUUGGUUUGUUGUGCUAAGUAGGCCCGGGCACUGAAAUUUUCGGGCCUACCGGUCCGAAAUCGCCGGACUGUGUCUUACUCAGACAAUCACCGUCGCAUUUAUUGACCUCGUCAAUGCCUUCCCCUCUACAGAUCAGUCCACACUAUGGUCCAAAGUUUCUUACCUUGGAGCUGGUGGCUCUAUGGUAGAUUGGUUACGUAUGAUGUAUCGCAAGAUGUCAUGUCGUAAAACUAGGUCCUCACCAUUCCGAUGCUUUCCAGUCCAUGGUCGGAAUUUAGCCGGAGACAGUUCAUCUCCUGGUUUAUGGAACGUCUACUUUUCUGACUUCUUUGUGUCACCUCACAGGGACGACAUAUCACUCGGAGGCCGGUCCAUCUCCCAUGUGGAGCAGGCGGAUGUUCUCAACAUCCCCAGAUGGAUUGCAAGCGAAAUUGGACUCCUUGUAUGACUGGUGUCGGAAAAACUCAAUUACGAUAUCUCACGAGAAAACUAAAAUUUGGAUUGCGGGUCCACUCCCUUCUGUUCUCCCGGUGUUCACUGUCGGCGCCCAUGCUCUCUCCUGUGUCUCCAAGCAUAAAUAUGUCGGUGUAACGUUGUCAUCAACGGAUAGGUCUAUAUUCAAAGAACACUAUUAUAUCAAAGCUUCCAAGGCGCGGAAGUCGAUGAAUGCAUCGUUUGGUGCGGAGAAUUUUGUUGGGACUGUCCCCCCGAAAGAGGGAAUCUCUGUCUACAUGGCGACCGUCGACCCUCACCUGAUGUCUGCCUGCGAUGUGUCCAUCGAUGUUGAUAACCCGUCAUUGGCCGAACUGGAAAGAGUUCAGAAGACAUUCAUUCGUCGCUUGCUCGGCGUUGCUAAGCGCUCUCCAGUGGCGAUGCUGUUCUUGGAGAUGGGGAUGUGGCCUGUCAAGUACCGCAGACUGAUGCUUGCCCUUCGUUAUUGGCAGUACGCCCUCUCCCUCCCGAAUGACCAUUCUCUGUCAUAUGCAGUGAGGGAUGCAGUGGACUUGGCGAUUAAUGCAAAACCUUCGUGGAUCUCUGAUCUCGUCAAGGCGCUCCGUCUCUUACCCCUUCCUGUGACCUUUGAUCUGUCUCGGCAAUGGUCUCCCGUAGACAUUGAUAACAUCAUCGAGGCAGUUCAACGGUCCUGUUGCAAUGACAUCGACGAUUUUUUAACAUCUUCCCCCAAGGCUCUGCUGCUUCAUCACUGUGCUCCACAACCAAGAAAUUCCGGAUCCCUUAGUGAGAGGAUGCGACAGUCAACACUAUCAACUCUCCGAUCCUAUCUUGCCGUGCCGGUGCCUGCACACCGAAAAGCAUUGGUUCGUUUGCUAACGUCUUCUCAUAUGCUUGCAGUCGAGGUGCUUAGGUGGACUGAGUGUCGGUGCCCUCCUGUUCCUCGAGGCGAUCGUUCAUGCCGUUAUUGCCAUACAGAGGUUGAAGACGAAGCGCAUGUCUUGUUGUAUUGCGAGGAAUCAGAUCAGUUGCAGUCCUUGCGAUCCCAGUUCUUCCGCAAAGUUUUCCAGAUCGGCUCUCAUUCUUUCUCCGCCUCUUUGCGCACCGCUUCUGCCGGGUUUGAUAUCAUACGACUGCUUGUCAAUGCAGAGGACGCAGAUAUCCUUUGCUCCUUUGCGAAGUAUGUUUUUGAUAUUUUGCGUAUCUUUCAAUGUGUACCUGUAUACUACCUUCAUACGUGACCAAGAAACGGCGGAUAAUAUUAUUCUCUCCCAGCAGCAUUCACUCCAGAAACACUGAUCUUUUAAAGUGCCCUGCAAAGUGUCUCUACUCCGCGAGACGUACAACCUUGCGAUC